AUGUUGGUCCCGUGGGGCGGGGUCGGGUGCUGCCUCAGCGCCGCGGCGCUGUAUCUCCUCGGGAGGAGCAGCGGGAGGGACGCGGAGGUGCUGCGAUCGGUGGCGAGGACAGGCAGCCUGAAGGAUUUGGCUGCUAUCUUGGACACUGCAAGUAAAGUCCUGCCACUUGUAGUGGCAGUUUCUGGGCGAGUUAGUUCAGAUACACCGCUUAUAUGCCAGCAAAGUGGUAUGCGGGGUGUAAUAGUCGAGGAAACGGCAGAGCAACACUUCCUGAAGCACAAUGAUGCUGGAUCCUGGAUUCAAGAUUCUGCUGUGAUGCUUUCUGUUAGCAAAGAGGUUCCAUGGUACCUGGAUGAUGGCACUGGGCGUGUCUAUGUCGUUGGCGCUCGUUCUGCGGCAGGGUUAAUUUUAACUGUUGCCAGUGAGGUUUUUGAGGAGUCAGGGCGAACCCUUGUACGUGGAACUCUAGAUUAUUUACAAGGACUGAAGAUGCUCGGAGUAAAGCGAACUGAAAGGGUUCUUCCAACUGGAACUUCAUUGACUGUUGUUGGUGAGGCCAUUAAAGAUGAUGUUGGAACUAUUCGGAUUCAGCGGCCACACAAAGGACCAUUUUAUGCAUCUCCAAAAAGCAUCGAUCAACUUAUCUUGAAUCUCGGGAAAUGGGCCAAGUUAUACCAACUUGCUUCCAUGGGCUUUGCAGCUUUUGGUGUAUUUCUUCUUGCUAAGCGUGCACUUGAUCAUUUUCUACAAAGAAAGCGCCAGCGUGAAUUUCACAAGAAGGCUCGUGCUGCUGCAGCACAAAGGCAGGCUAGGGACGCUGAAGGGGGCAAUGGCACAUCAGACGGAGAGCCUAAGAAGGAUCAAUUGGUAUUAGAAAUAUGUGUCAUAUGCCUUGAACAGGAAUACAAUGCAGUUUUUGUGCCGUGUGGCCACAUGUGCUGCUGUAUGAACUGCUCUUCUCACGUAACAAACUGUCCACUCUGCCGACGAAGAAUUGACCAAGCUGUCAGAACAUUCCGUCACUGA